ACGCUGGACCGGCAGAGGGGCCCUCUGUCCUUGCUCUGCACAGACCGCGUCCUGGCUCUGCAGACGGAGCUGCUUCGCUACGACGUCUGGCAAGAUGGGAUGAGAGGCGAACUGGAGAGAUAUCUGGCUGCCUCUGGGUCGCUGAAGCUCUGGGGCCACAUCUGCUACCUGUCCGUUCUGGUGACACUGAACGAGGUUCUGUACAGGAUUGUCUGUGAUGAGAUCACGGAUGAGGAUGUGGCCCGUGUGAAUGGGAAUGUGGCGUUUGUCUGGGACACCUUCAUGGCCAAGAAGGUGGAUCUGGCGAGGGUUUCUGAGGACUGUGGGGACUGGGCUGUCUGGUUCCAGAGCUGCAACUUAGUUGCACCCAGGCCUUUGUUUUUUGUGUCUGGGGGGGGCGGGUGGCUUGCAUCUGCAUACCGAGAUCUGUCGGACUGCAAGAACCACCAGCUCUAUAUCCGUGAUCUGGCAUUCUUCUAUGCCACCCAGGGCUCUGGUGGAGCCGCAUCUGGGCCCAACUCUGGACAGAUCUGGGAGAAGAUCUGCAAGAAGGCCUUCCCAUCGUCUGCUUAA